AUGGUUCCAUGUUCGGGUCGCUCAUACUGCUUGAAGUACUUUCUGGAUCUCACCACCAAACUCAAGCUCGCAUUAAAGAUUCAAGGUACCAGAUGUUCCCCCGCCAUACUCAACCUCAAUCUGUUCUUGCCUCUCAGAUUGAAAAUUUGCAAGCUCGACAAUCUGGGCAACUUUAAAGUGCCCCGUAGGCUAGCCGGUAAUAUUGAUGUUCGGAAUGGUUUCUAUGGCUUGCAAGUCUUCCAGCCCAAGUGUGGAUCUGAGAUGACUUCGUUGCGAUACAGAAUCCAAGGCCUUCAAGCUAGCAAUAUGUCACUGUAUCCAAAUAUGUCCAAAAACACGAUGAUAAAAGAAUCUAUAGUAUACCUUAUGUACUGCUACAUUGUUGGAUUUGUGCGAGGAGGUCAUGGGGGAGCUUGUGAGAGAAAUUUGAAAUUGUUGCAGAACUUGAUUCGAGCUUAUGACAAUUCAAAUCGCAAAAGCAAAAUGCUUGACAACUCGGAUUGCGUCAUGAACCUAAUAUCCGAUAUUCAAACAUACCCCGCAAUAUCUUCAGCCUCCACGACAUUUCUCCUUAGAGCUACAAGACUGUUUACCAAGAGCAGAAUAGUCCCACUUGGAGCUUCACGAUUCUUCCAAAAGAACACUUCCGGCCAACAACAUUACGCUUCAACCAUUAUCAUGCCUCCCAUUCCUGAAGGUCCUAUCAAGCUCGCCAUCCUCGACGACUACCAAGGAAUAGCGGCUAAGAAUUUCGAGCCUCUUAAACCAGCAUUUGAGAUCACAACCUUCAGGGACACCCUCCCAGCUUUCAAUCUACCGACAACCCCUGAGUCCACCAAACAAGAACUCAUCACGCGUCUCAAACCAUUCACCGUCAUAUCUUCCAUGCGAGAACGCACUCCGUUCCAUUCGGAGUUGCUGAAAAGCCUCCCAAAUCUGAAGCUACUGUUGACGACCGGAGUCCGCAAUGCAGCAAUCGACAUGCCCGCCGCAAGAGCCCUGGGCAUCCCGGUCACAGGAACCGUAGGCGAUGGGAGCGGGCGUACACCAGGGGGAGGCGUGCAAGAGAAGAAAAAGAAGAGCAGAGGCCCAGAUAGCACGACCCAGCACUGCAUCGCUCUCAUUCUCGGCAUCGCACGUGGCCUUGCAAGCGACGAUGCGAACGUCAAGUCUGGCGGCUGGCAGACGGACCUCGCGACCGGUCUGUCCGGCAAGACGUUCUCGACGCUGGGACUGGGACGUCUCGGAGGAAAUGUCGCGAAGAUUAUGUAUCAGUCUUUUGGCAUGCGGAUCUUGGCGUGGAGUGCCAACCUGACGCAGGACAAGGCGGACGAGCAAGCGGCAGCGCAAGGGCUGCCGGUUGAAGAUGAAGAAGGGAAGGUGUUCAGGGUUGUGAGUAAGGAGGAGUUGUUCAGGGAGGCGGAUGUGCUGAGCGUGCAUUGUGUGCUUUCGGAGCGCUCGAGGGGAAUUGUUGGGGCUGAGGACCUGAAACUCUUGAAGAGAAGUGCGUUGCUCGUGAAUACCUCAAGAGGUCCGUUGGUCGAUGAAGAUGCGCUGCUCGGGGUGUUGGAGAAUGGUGCUAUUCGAGGAGCUGCGCUGGAUGUGUUUGCGGUUGAGCCAAUGCCUAGGGAUCAUAAGCUGAGGACGACGGACUGGGGAACUGAGGGGAGGAGCAAGGUUCUAUUGAGUCCGCAUAUGGGAUAUGUUGAGGAGGAGACGAUGGACAACUGGUACAAAGAGCAAGUCGAUAUCGUGCAACGGUGGCACAAUGGACAAGAGCUUCUACAUGUUAUUAAUCCGUGA